CACGCUGCUGGCAUGGAGUCGCCUCUCGCAUUAUACGGUGGUUUGUCUCACUUCUCAACUGCUCGAGUUAGUCAGACAGUCACUAUAGUCAGUCGUUGGCGAUCAACGAGCGAGUGAAGUGCGUCGUGAGUUUCAUGGAUUGAAAUACGUGAUCGUCAAAGAGAGAAGUAGCGAUAGCAGCAGUAGUAGAUCUUUAUCAAGUGAAUCCAUGAUCACGCCUGCAAGAAACGUCAAUUUGCCAGAACGCUCAACCUUUUUUGGUGACAAGGCACAUCGAGCGUUUAAGAAAAUGCCAAUCCUGUCCCAACUGUCGCGCCGAUUUCACGAUAUGUUGACGACAGACGCGAAACCGGAUCCACCGCGGACCGGAAGCUACAUGCACAAUCUUUCACCGACUUCGGACGAGGAAUUGACGAAAACGCAAUCGAAGUCGAUGCCUGCCACGCCGGAAAAGGAACAGGAGGACGUGAUGUCGACGCAAGAUCAAAAAUCGAUGCCAAACGGCGCAAGGCCGACGACACCCACCGAUUUUUGUACAAAGUCGGAAGACUUCGGCGACACGAGGUCGACGAGCGAAUCAAAGGAGUAUAAACGACCAAGGACGAAGACGAAACCAAAAUACAAAUAUUCACAAGGCACGAAUGUGGUAAAUUACAACAUAGUGAACUCCAAUGGAGUGAAGAUCGGCUCGCGCACAAGUUACAUAUGCAACGUGAAUCAGUACCCGGCGAACAAUAACGCGACGCAAUCCGAGACGGCUUCGAAACCGAAGCAUCGGCCGAUGUCCGAGAAUGUGGAAGAGUUGAGCACGUGCGAAGAGGAGCUCGGGUUCGACGACAUGUUCAUUCUUAAGACACACGUUGGGCACGGAUGGCGGGACGUCGCGAGAAGACUCUCGUAUUCGGACGGACAGAUCGAUCAAUUCGAGGAGAAUUAUAGACACAAGGGUAUCGACGAGGUAAUCUAUCAGUUAUUGCUUGAUUGGAAACAAGCCAACACACGGGAUGCUCAACUCGGCACGUUAGUUAGCAUACUAUGGUCUUGUCAGGAGUACGACUGCGUCGAGCGGUUAGUUGCAGCUCGCAAGAAUCCGUCUUAGUUGGGCGCGGCAAAUAGAAAUUUCUACCUAACGCUUGUACAUACGCUUACGUAAACGAUUGUGAUUAUUUUUUUUUACUCGAAAUAUUGUUUCAUUGUUUUUAUACAUAUUUUAGCACAUAGAGUUCAUAGACGCACCAUUCCGAUUGCGAAGUUUACAUUCGCCUAAAUAUCAAAUAGGCUGACAGAAUAUUGUUCUAGACUAAUUUGUAUUCAGUCUUCGAUAUGACAUUGUAUGGAAUCGCAUUGAGCCUACGUUUCAAAUAGGAACAUGAUCUGGUUAAUAAUAUAUCACGGACGAAUUUGUAACGUCGCUUUGCGCGAUACACAUGUGUAAUAUUCCAAUGUGUGUGUGUGUGUGUGUGUGUGCGCGCGCGCGUGUGUGUGGUGUGCAACAUAUAUUUUUUUAUACUUAUCUCUAAUUUUAUAAAAUCUAGUAGAAAUAAACAUGCAAUUCUCCAAACAAUAUGUAUUUCUUUUAGUCAUUGUACAAAGUCCAUAUACAUAUGCCUUUGGUCUUACACAAUCAAAUCAGGCAUUACAUAAAUUGAAGUAUACGCAUGUGGCUACAACGUCCUAUAAUAACUUUCUUUCUCCUAUCCUUAUAUUUUUAAAUUCUUAG